CCCAGCUCCGCUUAGUUACCUUCCUGGGCUUGCAGGGGAAGCAACACGCAGCUCUGGGCUGCCUGAUGUGAGCUCAUGCAACAACAUCUCGCAGACCCCAGACAGACCAAAUCGAACCUCGACCAUCGCCGCAUCCAAACCACCACGGCACCACCCACACCGCACACCAGUGCUUUUCGACGUCAUAAACCCUAAGAACCUCCGUCCAUAGCCCGAUUUGCCAGAUCUACCACCACAAUGACGUCGAUAGGCACGGGCUACGACCUCGCCAACUCCAUCUUCUCCCCCGAUGGCCGCAACUUCCAGGUCGAGUACGCCGUGAAGGCGGUCGAGAACGGCGGCACCUCCAUCGGCAUCCGGUGCAAGGACGGUGUGGUGCUGGCCGUCGAGAAGAUCAUCACCUCCAAGCUGCUCAAACCGGGCGCCAACAAGCGCAUCGCGACCGUUGACAGGCAUCUGGGUGUGGUAUACUCGGGCAUGGUCCCCGACGGCCGGCACUUCAUCGAGCGGGCGCGCGACGAGGCGCGCGCGUGGCGCGACACGUUCAAGACGCCCAUCUCGACGGCGGACCUGGCGUCGCGCAUGGGCGGCUACCUGCAGGCGUACACGCUGUACCAGUCGGUGCGGCCGUUCGGCAUCACCGCCAUCAUCGGCGGCUUCGACAGCCCGGCCGAGCUUCCCGUGGACGGCGAGGUGGGCAGCGGGCCGGCGUGCGGCGCGGGCGGCAAGGUGGCGGGCAAGACGCACGGCGGGCCGUUCCUCUACAUGAUCGAGCCGUCCGGCCUGUACUGGGGCUACUACGGGGCCGCGACCGGCAAGGGCCGGCAGGCGGCCAAGGCGGAGCUGGAGAAGCUGGACCUGGGCGGGCCCGGCGGCCCCGCGCUGACGCUGGAGCAGGCCGUCAAGGAGGCCGCCCGCAUCAUCUACCUGUCGCACGACGAGAGCAAGGACAAGGAGUUCGAGCUGGAGAUGACGUGGAUCAGCGGGCCGGACGGCCCGACCAAGGGGUUGCAUCAGGAGGUGCCCAAGGAGCUGAGGGAAGAGGCGGAGCGGUUGGCCAAGAAGGCGAUGGAGGCCGACGAGGAGGAUGAAGGGAAGGAGGAGAAGAUGGAGGAGUAGAAAGGAACGCAGGGGUAAGACGGGAGUACGGCGUCUCUUGUACCAUAGGUCGGCCACGAACUGCGGGUCUUUUGGCGGGCGGGAAGAUAGACACAAAUUUCUAUCUGGC